AUGGUCGACCUGAAACAAAACAAGGCAUAUCGCAUCGUAUCACAUGCGGCUACCAACAAAUAUGCCGUCCCAGCCAUGUGUUGUUACAAUCUAGAGGGAAUUAUCGCUUCCGUUCGUGCCGCCGAAGCCAAAAAAUCACCCGUCAUAAUUCAACUCUUUCCUUGGGCUGUUGAAUACGCAGACAGCCUGUUGGUUCAUGCCGCAGCCGAAGCGGCGGCCAACGCAAGUGUCCCUGUCGCUGUGCACAUGGACCACGCUCAAUCGCCCGAGAUGAUCAGGCGAGCAGCGGAUCUAGGCGGCUUCGAUGGCAUCAUGGUGGACAUGUCUCACUACGCGCGGGAGGAGAAUCUAGCAAAAACCGCAGAGUUAGUCGCGUACUGUGCAGAAAGGGGUAUUAUCACAGAAGCAGAGCCCGGGAGGAUAGAGGGUGGUGAAGAUGGAGUGGCCGAUACUUCUGGGUUACAAGGUGUAUUGACAACACCAGAGCAGGCCGAAGAAUUCGUGGCAACCGGUAUUCAAUGGCUUGCCCCAUCAUUCGGCAAUGUACACGGGAAAUAUGGCCCAAAAGGCCCACAGUUGGAAUUCGACCGCCUAAAAGGCAUUGUUAACCAGGUUUCUGAUCGAGUGUGCUUCGUUUUGCAUGGCGCCGGCACCGAAUGGUUUGGCGAGGAGCUAUUCCAUAAGGUUAUUAACGCGGGGAUGGCCAAGUGCAAUGUGAAUGAUGGAUUUAACACUUCAUAUUUGAGAAUCAUGAGCGAGAAGGCAGGAAAUACCCCAUUAACCACAUUGUUAGAAAUGAUUACGGAUGCUAUGCAGAAGGAUGUCGAGAAGCAUAUGGAUUGGAUGAAAAGUACUGGCAAGGCAUGGUAG